AUGGCGACUAGUGAAGCAAGUCUAAAAUCUCUUCCGAUGACGCCAACAUCGGCACCAUCAUCUCCUCAACCAACAACUUCACCACUACCAUUAGCAUUACCACCGCCCAGUACAGCAUCAUUAACACCAACCACUUCAUCACCAUCAACUCCAUCGCCGUUCUACGACGACAAGCCCAUCGAAAAAUGUUACAAAAAGGAAAAACAAAUUCUCUUCGAAUUCGAUCAAACCGUUAAAGAAAUUCGUUUGCAAUUGAAUGAUCAAUUGAAAUAUUUGGAGCAACGUAUUGAAACUCAACUUGCCAUUCUCGCCGAGAUUCAAGAGUAUUUCCGUCGACGAGCGGACGUUGAACUCGAUUAUGCUAAGAAUCUUGAUAAUUUACAUAAACAAAUCGGCCAGCGUCAUCGGGCUCAAAAAGCUAGACGCGAGACGUGGUCAUCUCAAUCCAUAACGAAGCUAUGGGACACAGUCGUUCAAGACACUCGAAUGCAUGUCAAAUAUCAUACGAUCAUGUCGGAUGUUUGUGGAAAAUACAUGUUCGACAAAUUUAAUGAAAUCGUCGAAGACACUCGGCGAAUGUUUACGAAAUGUAAAGCUGUUGGCUUAGCCAGUCAUGAAGAUAUUUAUAAGGUUCUAAAUGAAUUAAAGAGUACAAUGGCAACUUACCAUCAGUAUCAAAGUGAGAGUAAACAAGCUGAACAGAAACUACGAAAUAUUCAGCAGCAAAUGGCGAAAAUCAAGAGUGUGAAGAAACAAAAAGCGAUGAGUAAACGAGUGGAAAAGCGACAAAUGAAAUAUACGGAAACAAAAGUAAAAGCAUUCAAAGCACGUAAUGAUUAUCUAAUGGUAAUCGAGUCGGUUAACGCUGCUUUACAAAAAUAUUGCUCGGAUGAUGUACCCGAUCUAAUUGAUUGUAUGAAUUUUGGUUUUCAUACAUCGAUUGCUAAAUCGAUUCAGAUGUAUUUAUCCGCACAAGAAAAUAUCAAGCGCGGCCGGCAAAUGACAAUUGAAACGUUGAAUCGAGCUUUCGGAGAUCUGGACACGGUGGUUGAUAAGCAAAAGUAUUUGGAAGCGAAUGCAUCUGUAUUUACGAUAACCAAGCGAAUUAAAUUUGAACCACAUAAAGGCGAUGAAGUGUCGACGGUCAAUGCACAAGUUUUGAUUCGCGAUGAAAUGCAAUCACGAUUUGUUCAAAUGCAAAAUCGCCUUGCGGGAUUAAAAACCGAACAUGACGAGAUAUUUAAAACAAUCGAAGCAACUGAGCAAUCGUUAAUGGAAUACAUCAAUACGAAAAAUUCCGAUGUGUCUGAUCUAUUCAAAGAUCUAAACCUUCCUCAAAAUACUUCAAAAAGUACACGCAAAGAAAUUGAAGAUUACUAUGUUGAAAAAUUCAAAGAAUAUACUUUAUCGAGUAAUCUUAUUGCUCGAUUACAAGCGCGUCAUGAUAUUAUGCAAAAAGCACUAGGUGCGGCUGCAACAGCUGGCAGUACUGAAGAUAAAAAUCUUAUACGCCGUCCAAUCAAACCGAGGCAAAUCGGUCGCGCACCUAUUCUUGGUCGACCACGUUUAUUCGGUGGUAAAUUAUUGGAUUACAUUCAAGUUACUGAACAAGCUAUUCCAUUGAUUAUCUCAUCAUGUGUGAGUGCGAUUAAUCGACUCGGUCUACACAAUCAAGGUAUUUUCCGUGUACCCGGUGCACAAGUUGAUAUCAAUCAAUUCAAGGAUGCUUUUGAAAAAGGUGAAGAUCCGUUGGUUAAUAUAACUGGUCGCGAUAUGAACUCGGUGGCUGGCGUUUUGAAAUUAUAUUUUCGCGAAUUGAAAGAACCGUUAUUUGCUCGAGAUAUGUUCGAUUCUUUCAUAUCGUGUAUUGUUGAUGUUGAAUCCGAAGAUAAAUGUGUAGAAAAUCUCUGUCAAGUUGUGAAACUUUUACCUCGUCCGAUCUUUAUAGUCAUGCGUUAUUUUUUUGCCUUUCUGAAUCAUUUAACGGAAUAUUCGGACGAGAACAUGAUGGAUGCUUCGAAUCUAGCUAGUUGUUUAGCGCCAUCGUUGAUGCCGAUUCCUGAAGAUAAAGAUCAAGUACAAUAUGUAACUCAUACAAUUGAACUGAUACGAACAAUAAUCACGCGUCAUGAUGAAAUCUUUCCAGCAAAUGAUGAUGGACCAGUUUACGAGAAAUUUGCGAUUACAAUUCCGAUUGAGGGCGAAGAAGAUGAAGAUGAUGAAGGUAUCAGCGAACGAUCAAUGCGACAUUCCCCAAGUGAUGAUGAAAUGGAGAUGGUCGAGGCAAUGGCAUUGUUUGAUUAUAAUGGUCGAACAAACAAAGAAAUUUCAUUUAAGAAAAAUCAAAUUCUUUACUUGUACAAGAAAUUUAAUCAUGAGUGGUGGUUAGGACAUACAGCUGGUAGUAAACAGUCAGGAUUUAUUCCUGACGGUUAUAUCAAGCUUAAAACUAGACGUCGCGAAUCAGCUCCUGUACCGCGCCCGCCUCUAUUUAGUCGAAAACCCGAUCCAUCUCUUUCAUCCCAUUCUGUUGAUUUAACAACAUUACUCGACGAACAAUUGGAUAAUUCCAAGGGAGGAUCCUGUCAAUCAUCAGAUUUCUCACUUGUCGAUGAACAAUGCCUUCAAUCAGCAAAGGAAACUGAAAUCGUUGAAGUGAACUCUGACGUUGACAACGAAGAGAAUACCUUAUCAAGUACAACACUUUCUACUCAUCCUGUACCUGCUUAUCGUACAAUCUAUGAUAUUCUACCACCACGCUCGCCACCAUUACUAUCAACAACUGACCAUUUUGAAUCAACAUCUUCAUCCUUAUCAUCGUCAUCAUCGUCUCAAUUAACAUCAAUCAAUGAUCAGCAAGUGAUUGACAUUGACAGCGCACUACGUGAAGUUUUGUCUGGUAUACGCACUGUCGAAGAAUGUCAUGCUCAAUGUUUUCGAACUAUAUCAUCAACUAAUACUCAACCAGAAACAGAUGCACCCGAUCUCGUACUUAAUCUACCGACUUCAAGUGGAUUGGUUACGCCACCAGCAUCGAAAUCACUUGAUGAACAUUCUUCACCUAAAUCUUCAUCACCAAGCAAUCAGAAUCAUACAUCGUUCGUUCAUUCAACCAUUAUCCUUGACGUCUCAUCAGAAUUCAUACCAGAUAAGAAAGUUCCACCACCGAUUAUGAAAAAACCUGAAAAAACAUUGCAUCUAAUGAAGCGUCUCGGUUUACAACAGACACCGGACUUGUCACCAGCUCGUUUCAAUGGUCUCCAUCAUCAGCCACUUUCUGUUUCAGGUUCAUCUAAAGUGUUGUUCGAAGAACAAGAGAAAAAAAGAGACAACGUCAAUGACAAUCACGUCUCGUAUACAUUUCAAUUGAUAAGAUCAUCUUGUAACAUCUGGAAAGCAUCGGACUGUCCACAACCGCCAACAGCUGAUGAUGAAGAGAUUUUUAAAUACGAUUUGUACACUCGGGAACAACUUUUUAAAUUUUGUGAUCAAGGAAAGAAAUACAUCGAAUGUGUUAACAAGCAUUUACAAUGUUGUGACUUAAAAAGUGAACAUACAGGUGCUUUAGCUGCAUUUGAAGUUGGACUGCAACAAGCUGUAAGUACAAUCGUUGAUGACUAUCUCGAAAAUGUCCAUGAUUUUAUGUUUGAGGGUUGGCGAUUGGGCCGGUACUGUGCUGGUUUGGGUGGCAACACUAUUAUUCAAUAUAAAUGCAAGACUACAACACUGCCACCGGCUCGAACAACGACAACAACACGCUCGACCACCACAACAAUACCAACCUGCGAAGUCGAGGAAGUUAGUCGAAGCUGCAAUGAAAUUUUAGACAAUCGUUUAAUAUUCGAAAAGAAUUGGAGCGUAUUGGAAAAGAUUCAAUGGUGUCAAGCAGUCAGAGACUAUAUUCAAUGUGCGGAUAAACAUAUCACAAAUUGUUCGAUUAUUGAAGUCCGCGACGAUGUUGAACAACUUUCAAACUUUAUGGACUAUCUCAAGAAACAAGCGGAUUUUCGUUGCCAGGGCGGUUUUUGCGGUUGUGAACAUGCAAUUACUGACGUACGUUGUGAACAUGCAGUUACUGAUGUGCGUUGCCAACAAAGUGCAAAAACGUUUUAUGGCGGAGAAGUAUUUGAUUCAGCAACAGGAACUUCGACUCUUAACUGGUAUCUAUUCUUCUCUCUCGCCUUGAUAUGCUUUUGGCUUUGA